AUGAGGAUGAGAAUUCGAGCCGCCGAGCAGCUGCGCCAAAUCACGAACGCGUGCCAAACGACGGCGACAGUUGCGCCGCCGCGAUUUCCCGAACCAGUUCAAGCCGGCGGACGAUUCUGGACCGAACCGAAUAGUCGUAUGCGACUGCCGCGAUCACUCGCCGCUCCCCUCUAUUUGACGCAGAACACGAGUUCGAAGCGAACGAUGGGAAGCAGUAUGGAGAAUCCGGUAUUCAAACCGAAACGGGUGCUUAUUCUCAGCAAAUUAACGCGAUACGAGUUUGAGAAGAAGGUGAACAAAGGGUGCGACGACGUGCAAUUGCAAAAUAUUCUUCGCAAACGAGGAUCUGACUAUGAUCGAUUAUUAAUGAAACAUAAAAUUCAUCAUUCCUACCUUAGCACACUUCAACGAGAGCUACAAAGCGCUGGAAUUGAAUCGAAACUGGUUCGCCGAUUCGACUACACACAGGAAGCUGUCGAUUGGGCUGAUGCAAUCUUCUCAGCUGGCGGCGAUGGGACAUUUCUGAUGGCGUCGAGCAAGGUCAAAUCGAAAGAGAAGCCGGUGAUCGGAAUCAACACCGAUCCGCAGGGAUCGGAAGGCUACAUGUGCCUGAUGCGCAAACUACCCGAGGAGAACUUGUCGGCGGCGCUGAAGCGAUUGUUUCGAGGAGAAUUUGAAUGGCUCUAUCGACAGCGAAUCCGAAUUUCGCUGACGUCUGACGAUGAUAUUGGCGACGCGAUUGAGCUUCAUGAUCAGCAAUUGAAUCGCGAUCCAUCGACGACGAGAUGGACGGACAAUCCGAGGAGUCCGGCGCGAGAAGUCGAGGAAUGUAUGUCGCUGUCGCCGCCGGUGAAACGCAAUCUUCAUGGAAGGCUUAAUGGAAAGGAGAUUGUCGAAUUGCCGGUUUUGGCGCUGAAUGAGGUUGGUCGCCAUUGGUUUUGGGAAUGGCUUGAAAAACAAGGCUACUACGAGAUUGGCCUCAAUGAUGGGAAGAUGGUGAAGCAGAAGAGCAGUGGCAUCACAAUUUGCACCGGCACCGGAUCGACAUCGUGGCACUUCAAUAUUAACAAACUAACCGAACAAUGUGUGCAGGAUCUUAUGAAGAUUGUCGCUGAACAAUGCAAAGUGAAAAUACCGUACGAUGAUAAGGAUGUGAUUAGCGAGGUGUGCACGAAAUUCAAUCAGCAAUUGAUAUUUGAUCCCGAUCGAUUGCAGAUGGCAUUUUCGGUGCGAGACCCCGUGUUCAAUGCGACAUUCCCUCCGGCUGACCCACGAGGUUUUGCCGAUAAAAUUUUGAUCAAAAGUCGCGGCUAUGACGCGCAUUUGGUGAUUGAUGGCGGAAUUUCGUAUCGAUUUAAUGAUGGCGCUGAAGCGACGAUGGAGUGUCAAAUAAAGAAAAUGCACAAAUCUGCUUUGAUUAUUCUGAUUGUUGCGGUUGCUUUAAUUUCAGCAACGGAAGAUAAGAAGGCGGUUCGAAGCCUUCCGCUGAAUCGAUUCGUGGCGCCAUCAACAUUUGAACGUAAGACGGAAGAAGGCGUCGAGAUGGACAGGAAAGCGUUUGAAGAAGCUGGAGAGCCUUGGUACAACUUGUUUGAUUUCUCCUACUGGCUGGCAUAG